UCUGUUUGACUUCUACAGGACUUCCCUGCUUGCUUUCAAAAUUUUGGUGUAGUCUCGGAAAUACCUCUCUCUGCUCUGGAGCAAAUGCAGUGCUCGAGGAAUUCGUCAUCUGCGUGAACGAACGCAAUGGCAAUGGCAGCUACAUGUGUUUCAUCACACGUUCUGUGCUCAGCUGCAUUUGCCCCGAGUACAAGUUCUUCUGGUUGUAGCGUUGGAAACAGCGGAAUCAGGUGCGCGAUUGUGUCGAGGAGCCAUGUCGGUGGCUCUUCGAGUUGCAGAUCGGGUAGCAGUUUAAGGACAAAACAGCUUAUGGGAAGGAGCUUGAGAUUCGAGCAGGCAGAGGGAAUCAGCAAGUCGGUUAAUACUGGAUUAGUUGUUGAGGCGGCAAAGAGGGUGCAAACCGGGCGGAGUUACGUGUUGAGCUCUACAUUGAAUAUUGAAGAAGGAAAGGAAGAAGAAGUUGCUGCUCUGUGCAAAGACAUUCUUGUGUGGGCCGAGGAGAAAAAGAAUGUGAAAGGCUCGGGGAUUACCGUGUUUGAGUGCAAUGUCGAUCCUUUUGAGAAGAACGUCUUCCAUUUUUGGGAACGGUACGACAGUUUCCAGAUAAUGAAUGAUAUCCGUGCAUCUCCCGAGCACACGAAGUUCCUCAACGAUGUGAGGCCUUUGUUGACUGGCCCUAUUGGACUGGCAGCAUACGAGUACAAGGAUGGUCAAAUUGGGCACAUGAUGAAUCCGAUUGGUCCCAAGGGUGAGGGAGGCCUAGAUGAUGCUACUGGUCAGUCAGGAACCAAACAGCAGUCAUCAUCUAUUGGACAAGGGCUUGGUCAGAUGGAAGAAGACGAGGACGUAAAAAGUUGGGGUCUUGAUAAGUUGUUGGCUAAAGUUAGGGGGGAAGACAGAGAAGCCGGCUGGAGUUUCAAGACUUUGUUUGGUGACAUUAAAAAGGGAUCAGUAUGAACGAGCUGAAAGAGUACUCCCACUUCUUCUGUUCCACUCUUUUCAGGUAGCCAGUGUUUGAAAGAGACGGCAUACGGUGACAUUUCACCAUCAAACACCAACCUCUAGAUUUGCCUUACUUUUUCCCCUGUUAUGUAUCCAGGGUUGCCCUGCCGGCAACUGUCGCCACAUGUAUAAUUUCUUUCUCGAGUGCUUGCGAGAAAAUUCACCAGAAUUCAUAGACGAAAUAAGUUUAGUAUGAGAAGUGAUGUUAGUUGUAGAUUUAGAGGAUCAGAGCAUUUAUGCAUGAAGAGAGUGAUCUGUAUGUAGUUUAUGAUUGGAUCAUUGACAGUGCACGCUGGCUGGACAUUUGACGAACUCUUCAUUCCAUCAGGUGUAAAUCAACGAGGUAGAUAGCGUGUGAUAUGUGGUACAUCAAGAUUCUAAUUUGAUUGAUCAGUGCCGAGUAUGUCCUGUGCCUUAUUCCUGUACACGAUGUUUCCAGCUUUGUUUUGAAUGCUCUAUUCAAUUUUUCCAGCAAGAAUGUAACAACUUACAUUCUUAUAAUGUUAUA